AAACUGCGGAUACUUUAUAUUUUUAAAUGUCAUUUUUCAAACAAAGAUAGAAAGAAUACUAAAUAAACACAAAUUGAAUUUUCAUAUAUUAUAAGAAUUAAUUAGAAUGUUAAAAAAUGGUAAUGAAAUCUCUUGAGUUUAUAAUAAAAUCUUGUUAGAAUAUUUUUAUAUGGAAUGUUACCUAAAGUUAAAAAAGGAAAAGAAAAAUGAGAACAAAAAGAAAGGGAAUGUGUUAAGAAAAAAGGAAAGAUAUAUGUAAAUACAAAGACUCCUCCUAAAUUCAUGACACAGACGCUAAUAAAACAGAUCAUAGGAAAUAAAUGUAUGGAAUAAUAUCUUUAGUAUAUUAGUAUUUAUAGACACCAUACGUUGCCUUAGCCAAAAAGGGAGGGAAGAGGAUAAUGGAUUCUGAUGACUGCUAUAUGGAAUCUGGAGAGGAAGAUCUUUACAGCGACGGUGCAGAUGAUUACUACGACGGUGAUGAUCAUGAUGGUUAUGAUAAAGAUGACACGGGUUUCCUUGUGGAUGACGAUGAUGACGAUUCCUCAAUGAUCUCCUCGCCUCGCUCCCAUAUAAAUUAUGUCGUUCUCAAGGAAGAAGAUAUACGCAGAAAACAGGAGAGUGAUAUUGCACAAGUUUCCAUGAUACUCUCCCUAAGCAAGGUCGAAGCUAGCGUUCUGCUUCUUCACUAUCACUGGAAUGUUGGUAAAGUUAAUGAUGAAUGGUUUGCGGAUGAGAGGAGAGUUCGGACAAGUGCUGGCUUGGAAGGAGGAUCUGCUGCUGUUCCAUAUUCUGAAGGCGGAAAAGUAGCUUGUGGAAUAUGCUUUGACUACUUCUGUCCUACAGAUAUUGUACCGAUUAUGUGUGGUCAUGCUUUUUGUUCUACAUGCUGGACUAGUUACAUCAGCAUAGCCAUCAACGAUGGUCCAGGAUGUUUGAUGCAAAAAUGUCCUCAGCCGUCUUGUCCAGUUGCUGUUGGUCGAGACAUGGUCGAGAAACUUGUUUCUUUUGAAGCAAAGGACAAGUAUAAUAGGUAUUUUCUUAGAUCUUAUGUGGAAGAAAACAAAAAGACCAAGUGGUGUCCUGCUCCCGGAUGUGAUCAUGCCAUUGAGUUUUCUGCCACUGGGACUGGAAGAAGUUAUGAUGUUUCAUGCUUGUGUUCGCAUAGAUUCUGCUGGAACUGCACUGAAGACGCUCACCGUCCCGUGGAUUGUGACACAGUUUCACAAUGGAUACGCAAGAACAGCGUUGAAGCUGAAAAUACCAAGUGGAUACUUGAAAAUUCGAAGGCUUGUCCCAAGUGUAAGCGUCCAAUUGAAAAGAACCAUGGAUGCAUGCACAUGACAUGCACACCACCUUGCAGAUAUGAGUUUUGUUGGCUUUGCCUUGGGGCAUGGUCGGAACACGGGGCAGGCACUGGUGGGCCUUAUGCAUGCAACCGGUAUUCGAAGGCUAAGGUAGAAGGAAUGCAUGAUGAGGCUGAAAUGAAGCGAGAGAUGGCGAAGAACUCGCUAGAGAAAUACACUCAUUAUUAUGAGCGCUGGGCAGGCAAUCAGACGUCGAGGCAAAAAGCUAUAGGGGAUCUGGAGAAGUUCCUAAAGGAGGAGGUUAUGAAGCUUAGUGAAAAACAGUGCAUACCAGAAACUGAGCUCGGGUUCAUCACAGAUGCGUGGCUUCAGAUCAUCGAAUGCAGAAGGGUGCUGAAAUGGACGUAUGCAUAUGGGUUCUAUCUACCUGAAUCUGAACAAGAAAAGCGACAGUUUUUCGAGUAUAUGCAAGGAGAGGCUGAGUCUGGUCUGGAGAGGCUCCACAAAUGCGUAGAGAUGGAAUCAGAGGUGUUUCAAAAUCCUGAAGACACUCCAAAACAAGACUUGAAGGGUUUUCGGACAAAGCUAACUACUUUGACCAGUGUAACCAAAACCCACUUUGAAACUCUGGUGAAAGCUCUUGAGAAUGAUCUUUCUGAUGUUGGGUUCGCAAGCGGCGUAGAGGUAACUAUUUAGCUCUUUGAUUGACUUGCUCUGAGUGUCUAUGAACCAAACCGGAGUCUCUUGUCUGAAAAUUUUAUCCAAUGUUUAUGAACAUGAUUGAUGUAAUAAAGUUGUGAAAUCUUUACUCA